CUACAGAGCCUUGGCGAAAGAAACGAAGCUCGGUUUGUUUAUGCCCCUCGCUUCGAGCUCACUGCGAUUUGUCUCCGUACGGAACUCCCUCUGCGUUCUCUCUCUACGCGAAGUCAUUUUCGCAUGCAAACGGCCUUUCGGUGUCUCUCCAUCUAUGUCAUUGCCAGUUAUGGAUUCCAGUUCAUCUUGUACACUGAUUCUAUGUGGAAAAUCGACGAUCGAGAGUGAAAUUGCAAAAUCUAUAAAGAGCAAUAGUGCUCUAAAGCUCCCUGACAAUCAAGACGUUUCAAUUCUUUUGCAAUCGGAGCUGGAGAAACCGCUCCAAAAAGACUUGGACUCUAUUGGCGUCGAUUCUUUCAUGAAUUCUCUUUCAACGAAUCAGUUUGGUAGGUUUCUCAUUUGGUCUCCGCGGUUGCCUUCCACACACGACGUCGUUUCUCACAAUUUUUGUGAGCUUCCGGUCGGUGCGGUUUGUGUUGCCGAUGUUCAGUCAAAGGGACGAGGUCGGUCGAGGAAUGUGUGGGAAUCUCCGAAAGGUUGCCUCAUGUUUUCUUUUACCAUACAAAUGGAGGACGGACGAGCCGUGCCUCUUUUGCAAUAUGUCGUGUCUCUUGCUAUCACUGAGGCAAUAAAGGAUGUCUGUGACAAAAAUGGCUUGCCAUGUGUUGAUGUUAAAAUAAAGUGGCCAAAUGAUCUUUACUUUAAUGGCCUUAAAAUUGGAGGCAUUCUAUGCACCUCAACAUAUAAGUCGAAGAAGUUCAAUGUCAGUGCUGGUAUAGGUUUGAAUAUUGAUAAUGAGAAACCAACAACAUGUUUAAAUGCAGUUCUAAGAGAAUUGUGUGUUGGAGCUUACCAAUUCAGUAGACAAGAUAUACUUGCUGCCUUUUUUAAUAAAUUCGAGAAAUUUUAUGAUGUUUUCAUAAAUCAAGGAUUUCAAUCUCUUGAGGAGCUAUAUUGUAAGACAUGGCUGCACAGUGGGCAAAGAGUAACUGUACAGGAAAAGAAUGGGGACCAAGUGGUUGAAAAUGUGGUAACUAUUCAGGGUUUGACAUCCUCAGGGUAUUUGUUAGCUAUUGGUGAGGACAAUCAAAUGUGCGAGCUUCAUCCUGAUGGCAAUAGUUUUGACUUCUUCAAAGGACUAAUUAAAAGAAAACUUGAGUGAAGAAGAUUCCUUGGCACCUUCAACUGGAAGCAACUAUCGUGCUGGAACAUGUGCUGUCCUUAUUUUUAUCCUUUUGUCCAUACCCUCGUUCAAUUCAUUUACUUACUUUUGUUUUGACUCGUUUUAUUUUUCAACAGACUAAUACAAUGAAUGACAACCAUUGUAUAUUUUUGUACGGUUGUGAACCAAAACGAAAAUAUUCCAAUUUUGACAUUUAAUACACGUUGGGUCAUAUGGUCCUUGCAGAUAAUCA